AGCUCACACUUAUUUCCCUCACUGGGUAGAGAAGCCCCUGGUCUCGCAUUUUAUCUCCUGCUUUUGUUAAAGAGAGACACAUUUGAGAAUGAAACUCUUUCUGCUCCUCGCCAUCUCCUGCCUCGCCUUGCACAGCGGCAAGGGAGCUCCAAGGACUGCUGUGUAUAAGUUUGUGAGAUGUAACCCUGAGGGUGGCCAGGCCAACUGUGUGACUCAAGAAAGUCCAGAGAUGACAUGGAGUCCCGACCUACCAGCCAAACUGCCUGCUUCACAGGCACAGUAUCUAGAGGCAGAGCCUGUGGAGGAUGAAAGUCCAGAGAUAGAGGAGGAAGAGGAGAAAGAGGACAUAAUGCCAAUGACUGGUGAAGAGGGGGAGACACCUGUGGUUUUUCUGAAUGAAGAAGGUUCUGGUGGUUAUGAAGGCUCGGCAUCUGAAGGUCCAUUCACGGAGGACCGGGUUUUUGCGCCUGCAGAAAGUGAGACAGGCUCUGGGGAGUCUUGGGCAGAGAAAGACACGGACCUAUUCAAAGGUGGCGAUAUGAAGGGCAUGAGGCGGUUGUUCCCCAGCAGGUCUCUGGCUGGUCAGGCAAAGCCAGCAGAGCAGGAGCUGAGAGAAGACCACCUUCUGCAGCUGUAGACUGAACACCCACCCACUCCCAGACACACACAUAUAUGCACAAGGCUAGCAUCUGUUUUAUUUCCACCCUGUCUAUUCAAAUAGUAAAGCAAAUAUUGCAUCACCACCUGGUGGUGGAAAAACUUGGUCGCUCAGAGACUGACAAAGCCCAAAUAUAUAUUUUGUAUUCUCAGUAGUACUGUACUGAGAAAAUGAUUCUCUUCAACAACCGUGAACAAUGUAAGAGUAUCUGCCAAAGUAAAAGAAUGGUCUGCAUAAAUGGGACAUAUACACACUUUCAUUUAGUUCAAGUUGGCAGGGACCUAUAUUUGUGCUUUCUUGUGGAAAAGAUGUGUAAGUUGGAAUAUGCUUUUUAUAUAAACUUUGAAGUAUGCUUUCAAAUAAUAGUAAUACCAGUGCAAUAACAUGACACUUUUAUCCAUACAUUGCUAACUCGAUGUGGUUCCAACCAUUUUUUGGAGCUAUGAGGCAUGCGUUCCUUUAUGACACAAAAAAACAAAGACUUAUUUAUAUUAUUUGAUCCCAUUUGUCUCAAAUGUUGUGACACUUUACACUUACCCAGGAGGGUUGUGCAGCCUGUCUUGGGAACGCCUAGUCUGCAAGGUUGAACAAGAGAAUCUUGAAAACCAAAACCCCCUCAGGAAUGGAUUUACACAAUCUUAACCACUGUGAGCUGGAACAUAUGGAAAAUAUGUAGUAUGCACAUGUAUGCAUUCCAACAUGUUCUGCGUUGUCUAAUUUGCAUUUGAAAUACUUCUAUUAAUAAAGGAUUUAUAACAACAGUA